AGCUUUGUAUGCAGUUAUGUGAGUCUGUUGCUGCUUUUUCAGUGCUGAGUUCCACAUGUUGUAGCUACUAGGAAAACAAUUUUUUACAUACAGACAAGUUCUUUAGAAAAAUGUGUGAAAACAAAUUUGUUGCAUGUUGUUUGAAACCCUCUAACCCCACAGUUUCAACAUGCUAUCUGCAGUCUCUAUUUCUUCUUAUGGCAGCAGCAGCCCCGCCCUCUUAGUUACUGUUGCUCCCGGGACAAACAAACGGAGAUGCUCACUGUCUCACGAUGACAGCUGUCAGUGGAAAAACCGUGUCUCACGAUGUUUUUGUACAAUUCUGGACACAGAAGAGCCACCAUUCAAGUGGGAAUGAAAUAUUCCAUGGAGGGAAAUUUAAAAUGAAUGUGGUGGUAACUCGAAGCGAGGGAUUACAGGAGAAGCCUCAGUUUACGGUCGUCACGAUCGCGGAUGUCAACUGUUCAUAUACCAGAGAUGACCGGAAGACUGCUCCUCCUCACUCUCUCUGUUCUCUCUGGCCUGCUGAGCUGCUAUGGCUUCAGAAUUUGUGCCUUUAAUAUUAAGAGUUUUGGUGAUUCAAAAUCAGCCGAUGCCAAAAUCAUGAAUUCUGUAUCAAGGAUUGUAUCUCGCUGUGACAUAUGCCUGCUACAGGAGGUCAGAGAUCAGAAAAAUAAAGCCAUCCCACGACUGCUUGCUGCAGUCAACAGACUUAAUGAUAACGAUUAUGACUAUGUGGCAAGUGAACGUCUCGGGAGGACACAAAACUAUCAGGAGCAAUACGUUUUUGUUUUCAGGAAAAGCACAGCGAAGCUGAAAAACCAGUAUCAGUAUCCAGAUACACAGAAAGGGGAUGUAGAUGCUUUUUCCAGAGAACCAUUUGUGGUACAUUUUCAAGCCCCUAAAACAGUGGCCAAGGAGUUUGUCUUGAUACCACAGCACACCACUCCCUCAAAUGCCACCAAAGAGAUUGACGAACUCUACGAUGUCUUUGUGGACAUUAGAGCACGGUGGAAAAUUGAGAAUGUGAUGUUCCUUGGGGACUUCAAUGCAGCUUGUGGUUAUGUGGCUAAAAAGAACCGUAAGAAAAUCAGGCUCUUCACUGACCCGUCUUUCAUUUGGCUGAUUCAGGAUGACGUGGACACUACAGUGAAACAGUCGACUAACUGUGCAUAUGACCGAAUUGUUGUGCACAGAGAGCCAUUUCUCAGAACAAUUAAACCGAUUUCAGCACAGCCAUUCAAUUUUCCCAAGGAAUUCCACCUUACAGAGGCUGAGGCCCUAGAAGUGAGUGAUCACUACCCCAUCGAGGUGCUCCUCAAAACUCAGAAAGUGUUCUUCAAAGGAAACAGCAAAGCUUCGUGUCUUCUGCCAACAGUGUUUGUCCUGAACAUCUUACUGCUACUGCAAAUGAUCAUAUGAACACGAAUGAACCAGAAGUGGAUUAUUCAUCUCACCUAGAUGAAGUGGACUUUACUUUGCUGUUACACAGCUGUUAAUGUACUGAAGCUUACACAGAUCCACAACUUCAUCUUCAGGAUGUGCUGAACAGUGGAUGUGACUUAUGAGUAAAUUAUGAAAAAAUUAUUUUGCUUUGAUUAAUCUAAGUUAAUCAGGUUUCCAUAAAUAGCUUUAGAGAAAAUAGAUCCAAUCUUUGUAAUAAAUAUUGUUUUACUGUG